AACAAAUGCAAAUCAUCCUCAAAUAAAUUUUGUAAAAAAAAAUAAAAAUGGAACCGAAUUUCACAUUAACAAGCAACAGCGUUGAUGGAUUCCGUUCAACAUGGGAUGUCGAAGGCGCUGAGAAAGAAGUUCAAUCACGAGGAAUUUCAACAGAAACGAUUCAAACCAACGAACGAGGGACCAAUUGUGAUGAAAAUUCGUCGUCUACUGCGACACAAACCGACAAAAUUACCGGAUUAAAAGCCCUCACAGCUGACGAAGAAUCAAAACUCAACACUUGGUUAAAGCGAAUCUUGCCAAAAGUCGAGGAAGAAUUGAAUUACGGCGUCACUUAUGUCGAAGCGGAUCACACAAUUAAGAGUUUAAGUGUUCAAAAACAUCAAAUUCUCGAGGCAAAAAAUUCCUCAGAAGCGGAAAAAGUGGAAAAAGGCGUCGCAACGUGGCUUUCUGUCGCUACACAAAACGCUCCGACCCUCGUGACGUCAAUUUCUGCCGCCGUUCAUGAAAGUUGGUGCGAUCACAGUGCCCAAAUUGACAUUUGGAUCCCAAAUCGGAGUGAUCCGCUGCGUAUCACAUGGGCUCUGGGCAAAAGUAUUCCCGUCAAAGUCUGUAUCGAGAGUCUUGCGGUGAAUCCCUUCAAUCGCGAUAUUUUUGCGGGCGGAACAAUUACCGGCGACUUGUACAUUUGGAGUUACCAAUACAAUAAUCCGGAAAUUGUGAGUGAAUUAUUCGUUGGAUCGAGUCAGUGUGGCGGCAUUCUCGGCAUGGAUUGGAUCAAAACGGUUUCCAUGAGCAACGACAGUGCCUUGUUGACAUGUCACAACGACGGAUUUGUCGUUUUAUGGAAAGUUGGGCAUUCCACAGUCGUCAAGGACAAAAUUUUUCGCAUCCAGAACCACGCAAAAGAGCAAAAUCACGCUUUAACCAGCAUCUGCACCGUAAAUAGCUCGGAUUUUAUUCUCGGAACGAUCGAGGGACAACUUUUGAUGUGCUCGACUUCCAAUGCGAAGCAACUUCCUGAUGAGGAAAAACCACUUUUUGAUCCGUUUUUGACGCCUUUCGGGAAACAAACUUUUUCCAUAUCGAAAUUGCAGAAAAUUCAGUACAAAGAGCGGGAUUGUGUGGCGAGUUGUGACAUCAGCGGUGUCGUUCAUGUCUUUGGAUUGGAUUCGUUAAUGGUUGAAAAUCGCGAGCCGUUGGUUAUUAUUAAGAUUCCGCUGCCGUUAAAUCAGAAAAUUACCAUUUGGAAUGAACUUGAAUUUGUUUUGUGUGCGGGAGCGAAUGGGCAAACGACGGUACUUCGCACGAAAGAUGGCGGCAAGGAAAUUGUCGAGAAUAAUUUGAGAGGCAAUGGAACGUGUAUUGAGCUGACGAAUAAUAAAAAUUGGCUUGUUACCGGAGCGUAUGAUGGAAAAUUUCAAAUUUUUAAGGUUGAUGAUGAGAAUUGAAAAUAAAUAAAAAAAAAAUAUUUUUUUUAAAAAGUUAAGUUGUUAUAGGUUUUUUGAGCUUUAUGAAAAUCGAAAAUCCAA